CAUAUUUCACACGCUAACUCAAUCACCAAAAAGGAAGCAAAGCUGCUCUCAACAGGCAUCUACGGCAUCGUAAAAGGAGUCGCGGCGACAGUAACGUUCCUCUACCUCGUCGACCGCUUCGGCCGCCGGGCCCUCCUCUUCGUAGGCUCCAUAAUGUGCGCCUUUUCAAUGUACUACGUCGCCGCCUUCUCCGGCAUCACAAACUCCUUCAACACCUCGCUGCCUCCCAACGCGGGGAGCAACUCGGCAGCGGCGUUCAUUUACAUAUUCGGCGCAGGCUACGCAAUCGGUUGGAACCUGCCCUGGAUCAUCGCCUCAGAAAUCUUCCCGACGCGCAUCCGGUCCUUCUGCCUCGUCUUGACGACCUGUUCGCACUGGCUUGGCGAGUUCUACGUGUCAUACGCAGUCACGUACAUGUUCCGAACCAUCACCUACGGCACGUUCCUCUUCUUCGGGUCCAUGACGGUCCUAGGCGGGGUGUACGUGUACCUGUUUGUCCCGGAGACGAGGGGCGUGCCGCUGGAGGAUAUGGACGUUCUGUUCGAGACGCCGGGCCUGGCGAGGCAGAAGAUGAGAAACUACAAAGAGUACAGGGCGAACUCGGUCGUCACCGAAGGACUUGGUGAAGAAGGCAAGAAUGUCGACGAUGACCGGAGGAGCAUGUAA